AUGGACCCGAUCACCGGCGCGAACCAGAACACCGAAACGUACUGGAGGAGGAUCAAGACGGCGUUCGACGAGCGCAUGUUGGUCGGCCUCGAGUUCGCCGGCAUACACAUGGAGUGCGGCGACAAGGCCAUGUCCAACCAUUGGGCGAGUAUCCAACAAGCGUGCAACAAGUGGCAUGUGAUCCAAGAAGAGGUCAUGUCUCGCCCAGAGAGCGGCGCCAAUGUCGAACCCCAGAUGGUCCGAAUGUUCGAGAUGUUCCGCCGGGACAGCAACACCGACGCCGACUUCAAGUUCCUUCACGUGUUCACCAGGAUCGAGUCGUGCGAGAAAUGGGCAGAGGCCCGGCUCGCUCUCGCCAAGGCCAAGGACGACGUCCACAACCCGGACGCGCCUAUCUCAUGGGCGGCAAAAGGGUGGCCUGAUGGCAACAAAAAGGCGAAGAAGGCGAGGGACUCGGCGCCCGCUUUCGAACGGUUGCAGGCAUUGAUCGAAGAAUGCAUCGCCGACACCAAGAGUCACUCCGCCAUGAGAGAGGAGAAGUCCGAGGCGAGGUGGUCAGCGCUGAUGACGAAGCAGGGCGCCAAGCUCGACCUUCUCAGGACCAACGUGGCUGCGAAGAAGCGCAACACCAACCUGGCGUUCCUGAUGGGAGGAGGUGACACGGCGACGAUGGACCCGCAGGUGAAGGCGUGGUACUUGGCGGAGCAGAACCUCAUCUUGAAUCUCAUGCCGGGACUGGCGGCAACCGCGUCGACACCGAUUACGACCACAUUGCCAACGCCGACGGUGGCCGCGCCAACGACGAUCACCGCGACCCCGCCGCGUACGCCGACCUCUCCCGUGUUAGAGUACUAUAUAUAUAGCCAUGUAACCUUUCGUACUUACCCCAUUGUAUAAGGGGUUUUCUGCAUAUUCUACACCUGUACAUGUAUAUAUACUGGCCUAUGGCCUCCUGGAAAUACAAGUUGCAAAUUUCCUAACAUGGUAUUAGAGCCUUAGGUUCUUUUUCGCACGCGCAACUCGUGUCCUCGGUCCAAUCCUCCGUCUACGUGGCCGCCGUCUGUCCUCUAUGAACGGUGUUGCUCUCCGGUGUUCAUCCACUCGCCCACCGCUGGUCUCCUAUACCGCCGGAUCCACGCUCCCCACCCGUUGCUAGUCUCCUGCCUCGCCGGAUCCCGCGUCCCAUGCCGGAUCUCGCCGCCACUCGUCGGAUCCCGCCCCUGCUGUUGUGGCUCUUGCUCCUCUCCGGGCUCGUCCUCUGGAUUGAGCGCCCUGGCGGCUGCUGAUUUUGGAUAAGGCCGUUGGGUGCACGUCGUAUUGAGUAAAAAAAAGAGUAAAACAAUG